CAAUGGUAACAAUAACUAUUAAAUUAAGGCUGACAAAAAAGAAUAACCUGUUCAAUAGCCAAAAGGAAAGAAGGGAAAGAAAACUGGAGAAGAAACAACAUAAUAAGUUGUUGCUACUUUGGGACCAAAUGUUGCAGGAAAUGAAUUAGUAUUUGGAGUAGCUCACAUCUUGUCAACUUGGAAUGACACCUUCAUUCAUAUCACUGAUUUGACAGGCAGAGAAACAUUAGCAAGAGUCACUGGUGGAAUGAAAGUCAAAUCUGAUAGAGAAGAAUCUUCACCAUAUGCAGCCAUGCAAGCAGCCAAAGAUGUUUAUGAGAAAUUGAAAACACUCAAAAUUAAUGCUUUGCAUAUUAAAUUAAGAGCAAGAGGAGGUAUUCCAUCUAUCUCAUAUAUUAAGGUGUCGAUACUAGACAACCAGGACCUGGUGCUCAAGCUGCUUUAAGAGCAUUGGCUCGUUUGGGACUUAAAAUUGGUAGAAUUGAAGAUGUUACUCCUAUUCCAACAGAUUCUACUAGAAGACCUGGAGGUAGAAGAGGAAGAAGAUUAUGAA